AUGCCCAUAUAUAUAAAGUAUUUCCACUGCUGUAUGUAUAUUCCUGCCAUUAGGGGGGAAAUUCAAAUCCAAGCUUGGAGCUUCAGUUUUGAAGUCAUCCAAAAGAAUGAAGGAUGAUUCGUUCGAAUUGAGGUUGGAGAAAGGAGUAGAGGACGCAAUUUCUCGGACACGAUUCGCGCCCCACUCCAACAACCUUCUCAUAUCUUCUUGGGAUUCGACUCUCCGCCUCUACGACCUGGACGCAUCGCUCCUCCGACUCGAAGCUCCUUCGCAGUCUCCUCUUCUUGAUUGCUGCUUCCAGGACGACGUGGUUGCUUUUGCCGUCUCCUCCGACGGUUUAAUCCGAAGGUAUGACUUGCAUUCAGGACUUGUUGAUACAGUGGGUUGUCACAAUGAUAUGGCAACAUGCAUUGGAUAUUCUAAUGAAACUUGUCAGUUGGUCACAUCUGGAUUUGACAAGAAGUUAUUGUUAUGGGAUAUGCAUAUGGAGAAGGCUUCUUCGUGGUUGAGAAGUCUAGAGGCAGAGGUGAACUCCAUGUCUGUAUGUGGGUUUAAUCUUGUUGUAUCCAUUGGAGCAUCAGUGCAUGUUUAUGAUUUACGUAACUUUGACAAACCAGUUUUGUCAAAGGAAGCGUUCAAUGGAACACACUCAAGAUGUGUCAGUUCAAUUCCAAAUGCCGAAGGGUUUGCCCUUGGGUCUGUAGAUGGACGAGUAUCACUGCAGAUUUCCUAUCCAUCCAGUUCAGAUGACAUUGGAUAUAUAUUCCGGUGUCAUCCAAAAUCAAAGGAUGGACGGCAUUACUUUGUAUCAGUGAAUGACAUUGCAUUCAGUCCACUUGUAUGUGGUGCUUUUGUCACUGGUGACAAUGAAGGUUAUGUUACCAUGUGGGAUGCUGGAAGUAAGAGAAGACUAGUCGAGCUGCCGAGGUACUCAAAUAGUGUAGCAUCCUUGUCAUACAACCACGUGGGAGAGCUUCUGGCUGUAGCAUCAAGCUAUACUUACCAAGAAGCAAAUGAAAUAGAAAAACCACCUCGUAUAUUCAUCCAUAAAAUGGACGAAGUUGACACGGCAUCAAUUUCUGCUGGAAGAAAAAGUUAAGCAUUUAUGGCUAUGCUUGCCAACGAAGGCAAGCGGUUAUUCCUUUGCAAUUUAUUUUUGAAACAGGAAUUUCUUAGGUUUCUAUGUUGGCGUUUUUUCUUUCACUCGGUCAUUUGCCUGGUUUUCAUACUUUUUUUCUAACGUGAGAAACCUCAUUUCACGGAAUGAUCGUAAAAUGAUAUUGCCAUUGUGAAAAAUGCUUCAUCUGUACAAAAUCUCAUAGAUGAAGUGAGAUUGGAAAGGAAAGUAGUUUAGGCAUGUUUUUCUUUUAGUCUUACUUGGGACUUUUGACUAAAUGGGUUUUGCCAUAAUGAGUCAAAUGUGAAGUAAAUUAACAGAUUUGUGUUGAUCGCCCGAGGCAAGUGGAGGAGCACCGGUGAGGAAAAUAUAUUACAUAGUUUUGAAUUCUGUAGAAAAGGAUGAAGUCAAGAAAAAUAUUGGAGGAAAGUAUUGAGAGAUGGAUACUAAAUAAUCAUUAAAAUUUUGUUUUCUUAUUCGUGUUUUGAUAACUUUACAUUCAUGUAACCGACUUUAUCUAGUUAGAUAGUGAUGCUCUUGAUGUAAAAUGUAUCAUGACUUUAGAAAAGUUAAUUAUUAUUAAUUCUGUUUGAAAGGAA